UCAGACGUACCAAGGAGGAAUAGGACUAUAAGAACGAGAAUCUUCCUCACAAAAUGUUGAACAGACAUGUGUCGAAAAGAAUGGUGCUUCCUCUACUCUUUGGCAGUUCUGUCCCUGAGUUCUGCCUCUGGCUGUGAAGUGCUGGGUAAGUUCAACAUGCAGAGGUUGUUCAAGCCAGGAGACAUAACGAUCGGGGGCAUUUUUCCUGUGUCCAACAAACAGGAGCAGAGCAACAUGUCCUACAUGGGAAAGCCUCCUGACGUCAGGUGUGUGGGGUUCGAUCUGCGUGCUUUCCGCUGGACCCAGGUAAUGAUCUUCGCGAUUGAAGAAAUCAACAAGGACAAUCUCCUGCUGCCCAACAUAUCCCUGGGUUACAGGAUCCAGGACUCCUGUGCGUCUCCCACCAACGUCCUGCGCGCGGCUGUGACUCUGGUCAGCCGGUCAGAGGAGCCUGGUGCCCUGUGCCCUCCUGUGGCUGCUCUCAUCGCAGAAUCCGGUUCCUCCCAGUCGCUGGCUGUGGCCUCCACUCUGGGCCCCUUCAGGGUGCCCAUGGUCAGUUACUUCUCCACCUGCGCCUGUCUGAGUGACAGGGAAAAGUACCCCACGUUUUUCCGCACGAUCCCCAGUGACUUCUACCAAGCCAAGGCUCUCGCUGCCCUGGUCCGCCGGUUCGGCUGGACCUGGAUCGGCGCGCUCCAGUCGGACAACGACUACGGCCGGAACGGCGUCCUGGCGUUCACUGAGGAGGUGCAGAAGCAAGGCGUGUGCAUCGCAUUUGUGGGGACGGUGUUACGGACGUACACCAGGGCCAGGAUCCUGGACGUGGUGGACACCAUCAAGCAGUCCAUGGUCAAAGUCAUCCUGGCGUUCGUCCCGGAAGGCGACCUGUACCCCCUCAUGCAGGAGGUGGUCCUGCAGAACAUCACGGGGAUCCAGUGGAUCGCCAGCGAGGCCUGGAUCACCGCUGCGCGGCCCUCCACCCCGGAGAUCUACCGAUCCUUCGGGGGGACGAUCGGCUUUGUGGUGCGCAAGGUAGCCAUUCCCAGGUUCGAACCCUUCCUCCGGGGCAUCAGUCCGUACGCGGACCCCAGCGCCGGCUUCAUCAGGGACUUCUGGGAGAUUAUGGCUGGGUGUCGGCCGCUGGCCAGGAGCGGGGCCAGGAGCGGGGGCGAGGGCGUGAAGUGGUGCAGCGGAACGGAAACACUGGCGGGUUCCAGCGACGUGUUCUUCAACGUGACACAGCUGAGGGUGGCGUACAACGUGUACAACGCCGUGUAUGCCAUCGCACAUGCCCUCCAUAACCUCAUAUUUUGCCAGACGUACGGGGAAAGCCUGGAGAUGCCUUGUGUGAAUGUGUCUCAGAUUCAGCCCAAACAGGUCAGUGACCAGCUGCAGAAGGUGAGACUCACCAACCCGUUUGGGGAAGCCGUGUUUUUCGAUAAGAACGGGGAUCCGCCCCCCUCCUAUGACAUCAUCAACUGGCAGCUGAGGGAGGGGCAGGUGGAUCAUGUGACUGUGGGUCACUUUGGCUCUGCCUCAGACGGGGGCUACAAGCUCAGCAUCCAGGAAGAAGACAUCGUCUGGGGAACAGGUGACAUGAUUCCAACAGCAGCAUGUUCUGCCGUUUGCCCCCUGGGGACCAGGAUGGCUCAGGUGAAAGGCCGGCCUGUCUGCUGCUUUGACUGCAUCCCCUGUCCUGAAGGAACUAUAGCUAACUCCACAGGUGCUGUAGACUGCGACCCCUGUCCUCAGGAGUACUGGUCCAACAAGAUGAGGGAUAACUGCAUUCAGAAAACCAUCGAGUUCCUGUCCUACAACGAACCAAUGGGAAUAGCUCUUACUGUGAUAUCCCUGCUAGGUGCUUGUCUGUCAUUGGCCACAAUGUCAGUUUACAUCCACUAUAGAGACACGCCUGUGAUAAAGGCCAGUAACUUUGAGCUGAGCUCUCUGCUCCUGUUCUCUCUCUUCAUGUGCUUCCUCUGCCCUUUGCCCUUCCUGGGCAAGCCCACCACCCUCACCUGCAUGCUGCGCCACACGGCUUUUGGGGUGACCUUUGCCCUCUGCAUAUCCUGCAUCCUGGGCAAGACCAUAAUCGUGGUGACUGCGUUCAGAGCCACCCUGCCCGGCAGCAACAUGGAGGGGAAGUUCGGCCCCUCCCAGCAGAGGGUCAUCGUAUGUUCAUGCACGUUCGUCCAGAUAUUCAUCUGUGUGCUCUGGCUAAAUCUCAACCCGCCUUUCGCUGACAAGGUUUUCCGAUACAGCAAUAAAAAGAUUGUUCUGGAGUGUAAUCCCGGUUCAGAGGUUGCGUUCUAUGCUGUGUUGGGGUACAUAGGCCUUCUGGCUGGAACAUGCUUGGUCCUGGCUUUCCUGGCCCGAAAGCUGCCUGAUAACUUCAAUGAAGCCAAGUUCAUCACCUUCAGCAUGUUGAUAUUCUGUGCUGUCUGGAUCACCUUUAUCCCAGCUUAUGUCAGCUCUCCUGGGAAGGUGACCGUAGCGGUGGAGAUCUUUGCCAUCCUGUCUUCUGCAUUCGGGUUGUUGAUUUGCAUUUUUGCGCCAAAGUGUUACAUUAUUUUCAUCAAACCAGAACACAAUACUAAGAAACAUAUGAUGCGUAAAACUCUCCAAGGAAAGUGAUUUAGAGCUCAAAAUAGGUCAUACACCCUCAAUCUGUAUGGUUAUGUAGGCUGAUCUGUGAUAGUGUUACGACUUCAUGUUGCUGCUUUUGGUGUCAGUUUGCUUUUAGUCUUGUUCACAGCCAUGCUGUAAUAAAUCAC